UUUCGCCUUUGAAAUCAUUCUCUCGCUAGAUAUUUAUAUACCCGAUCUCCAUUGGAUUCCAAGUUCCAAACGCAUAUACUCGCUAUAGCUACAACUUAAUUAACACAUGUCUCUGUUCAGCACUCCCUCGCCUAAGGACUGCUCCGAGCAAGGCUUACGCAGCUUCCACUUGGGGAAGAAAAAGAAGAAGAAAUUGCUCUACGGUCUUGUCUCCCUCCUCACUACCAUCCUUUCUCUUUUCUUCCUCGUCUGGUUCAUCCUCCACCCUUCCAAGCCGGAGUUCUACCUCAAGGACGCUUCCGUCUUCCAGCUCAGUCUAGGUGGCGCCGCCACCACGCCGCGCUUCCUUAAUUCCACCAUCAUAACCACCAUCGUGUCCAAGAACCCCAACGCCCGCGUGGGGAUUUACUACGACCAGAUGCGCACCUAUGCCGCCUACAAGGGGCAGCAGAUCACCGGUGACGUUGUGCUGCCGCCUUUUUUCCAGGGCCACCAGGAGGUCAACGUCCUGAGCGCAGCCCUGCAAGGGGCGGGUCUGCCGGUGGCGCCCUCUUUCGGGUACGAAGUGGAGCGCGACCAGAAGACGGCCGGGAAAAUGUCCCUGAGGCUGAGGAUGGACGGCCGGCUGCGAUGGAAGGUGGGGAUGUGGGUGUCGGGGCCGUACAGGGUCGACGUAAACUGUGUGGCCGUCAUUCUGUUCAGAUCCGCUGCAGAUUCCGAUUCAGGACCCAUGGGCUUGGUGCAAGCUUCUCAGUGCUCCACCAACAUUUGAUUGAUGCAUACAUAGUGAUACAUAGGUAUUGUACAUAUUUAUAUGCAUCUAAGAAAUAAUGCUUAUGGGCACUAUACGAUGAUGAUAAGUAGAAUGGAUUCCAAUGUAAUGAGGAUUCUAAAAUUAUGUAGGACACUUUAUAUAUUUAUGGUCUUCAAAUUA